AUGUACGAGUCGGCGGUCAUCAAACCGGAAUACAAUAUGAAGCCGUAUUUCCUGGUUCUUAACGGGACCGGCGAUUGGCAGAAUAUGACAAAGCACGAGGGGAUACCGUAUGCUUUGAAGGCGAACAUUCGUUUUUUCUGUCAAGAUGACUACGAGACGGUCAAUCAGAAUAGUGAUUUCAACAUCACUUGCAGUGACUCGGGCUUGUGGAAUCCGCAACUGAUUGGCUGUAUUCCGAAAACUGAAGAUUUGCCAUUGUCUAGCACUGGACGUUUUCAAACUGAACCGGAAGAGGCGAAAUCUGCGAAACAAAUUUCCUCCAUUAUGUUCAUUCUGAUUUUCAUCUUCCUCGGGCUCAUUGUGCUUUUGGAUCUGACCACAAUCGGGCGUGAUACCAAACAGUUGUGGACCAAUUUAAAAUUACAGCACAAACGGAUAACACGCAAGUCAAAGAGAUCGCAGCGCGGCAGUGCAGAUGAUUUCAAGAAAUCGACUGGUUUCAUGAACGAUGGUGAUAAUGAGCAGUCCACUUUCGCAAUUCGGCAUCGAAACGAUCUUUAA